AUGCAUGUAUUAUCUGGCAGGCGUCGUUCAGUUUCGACUGCGGCGCCUUCUAAUACUGGCGCGAGUAAAAAUUCAGAGAGCUCGCCUAGGAGGGCUUCCUUCUCGCUGGAAAAUAGUCGCGAUUACGGCGCAUCUGGAAGAAACACGUUGCGUAACCUUUUCCACAAGCAUGGCGCUGCGCCAGUAACGGAAGAUGGGUCAGGAACGGAUGUACCUCACGCGUCAAUCGAGGAGCACGGUAAUGCUAAAUCUACCACGACUCCGAAGGCGCAAUUGGUAAAGGAUCCAGGCCGACAUGAUCACUCCUUGGAUUCUUCUAGAUCAAAACAUACACAUCAUUCAGACGAGCGCGGCGAACGGCAGGAUGCGUCGAAUCCGACUACUGACACUCUUGCUAAACCUCACAAGGCAGAUGUUAACGACAAACCUCCCUCUGAGACCCAUCUCAGCCGAGAUGAUAUCCAUGCCAUAUUUUCCGGGGCACCAUACUUCCUUUUAGAAAAGGGCAAGCAUGGACUUUGGUAUCCACAAGUAAUCUUCCCAUGGGAUGACCACGACCCCACGAUCCAGCAUUUAUGGGACAGAAAACUUCUUCCUCAUCCUUCAUAUACCCUGUGCACGCUUCAUGCCCAUCUCCCCGUCCCCGAAGGCUUCCUUGAAGGUGACGCUCCUCUCCUCUUAGACAGCUGGAAAAGAACCGGUGCACCAAAGAGAGCUACCUUCGAUAUUGGUAUAUUCGAAGUCCCAAAUAUGCUUGCUAUGAGCGGGAUAGAGCCGGGAACUGUGGGCUUUCGCCAUUUUCUAGAGCUGCCAGUGGCUGAUUCCGUUCGAUUCGUUCAUACCGGAACGCCCCAUCUGCAUACUAAUCUACUGCACAUUCAUACCCUACCGGCCGUUCAGGCUGAUGAACUUCUGGAACAUUACCAUGAACCCUACUCGCAGUGCCUCGACGGUACUAUACAUGAUCGGAAAACGCUUCUUGGUGAUGGGCCGACCGCCUGGAAAAGAAUUGGUCUGCGAGAUAUCAAUUUUAAAGCUUUGGUCGACCGUCUCGAGGCCUUGAGAAACCUGCGUCACGAGUUACUGUAUGAGAACACGCAGAAAACGAUACUCGACGUAGAAAGCGCGCAUGCGCUCUACAGCGAUUUAUUUUCCAAGUUUCUUCAUCCCCCGCCCCGAUUCAUGCUCACGGAUCUCGAUAGCACGCACGGCCUCAAGGCUGAGAUCAAAGCGUUGACCAUGGUUUUAGCGACACCAGGAGCAUGGUUCGACUUCAGUCUCGUCGACUGGCGUUUCCGCAUCGGACAGCUUCUCUGGGAAGCUCCUCCCCAUGUGGACGGCGACUUCUUUGACCCAAGUACCAUUCACAACCCCUGGGCUCAUCCGGGGUUGGAACAGAAAUGGUUUCUGAUCCAGAUGCUGCUAGCUGCGGAGUUACUUCUUCGCCUGGAUGCCAUUGUCAAAGUUGGGCUGGUUGAGAGCUCGAAGGACGUCAGUGUCUCGGCUCAAGAUGUCAGCCAUUUCGAUAAGCUACGCAAUCCUAAAGUCGACUGGGACUUGGUGGUGGUGCGUCGCUUCUUCGACAGUUUCAAGAUCUCCUGGGGCGACUGCCAAUCCGCUGCAGUGUCGAAUGCUCCGUCGCAGCCGUCAACCCAGGAGAAGUCGAGUCAAAAGGCUCGUCGCUUUUCAUUCUUUGACAGCAUAACACGCAGGCAUUCGGUAGCCUCUUCCCCUCACUCCGAUGUUCACGGGAUGUUCAGACUUACACCCACUCAUGUCGAACAGCAAGUUGAAGGACUUUUGGCAUUUGCCGAAAACAUCGGUUGGCCUCGUGUUGACUCGCUCAGAAAAACGUUCGCAUCGACAUUACACCGGGGGUUUCCAAACCAAAAUAUCACGGACAUGUUUAACCGCCCUGUGCGUGGUGCUUCAGUGGAGGGCCAUAUGGAAGGAAGCACCACAGAUGCCACGUUUAAAAGACUCGCUACUCGCCGGCUAGUAGCCCUCAGCGGUCCUUCCAGCGACGAUUCCAAGUCGACGAUGGGUGGUUGGAUCACGAGAUGCUGGCUUUCUGGCUUUGUGAUUCCUGGCAAGGCGAUCAACCACUUGCUCAUGGCUACAGUACUAGAGAAUGAUCAGGAAGUCAUUGCGAGACUUGGAUCGGUAGCCAAUCUAUAUGGAGGAUUUGCUCUCAAUGGGAAGAGCUGGUGGAGUCAAGAAUGCAUUGUUGGUCGAGUCCUUUCCGCUCUGAAGGAAACCAAGGCCUGCAUGGGUUGGAUCAGCAGCACGAACAUUCCCAAAGAAUAUCAAACCCAAGAGCCCCUUGACGAUGCCUGGUUUGAGGUGAUCGUCAGUGAGCCGCCGACAGGUCUGGGGAAACCCCGUAUCAAGCAAGGAAACAAGAUUUCCGUGGAGUCGACACCGUUAGGACUGGGGUCGUUGGUCAGUGGCGAGUUUACGUUGCCGGUGGACGAUGUACCUGAGGCAAAGUCACCAGUGGAUGUCAAGUUCAAUGCUUUGACUUUUUCUACAAAGGAAGAGCGGCGAAAUUCGAACCAGCAUACAAUGGUCGCUCGCAAAGCAACGAUGAAUUUCUCGCUGAGGUCGGAGGCCAGCACGACCACAACAGAUGUUUCCUUCCCACUAACGUAUAAUGUCAAUUUUGUCACGUCGCAUGCGUGCCGUUUGCCUCCGGGUUUAGCGUCAUACCAGCACAAUGCGUCGCUUGAUAUAGAAGACGACAAGGGCGAUAGAUCGCGGUCACUGUCUCCCGCCGAAGCCUUCUCUCUCAAGUACGGACGGCUUCCAGGCCACCCAUUGCCCAGCUCAUACAGAUACAAAUAUCUUGCACUAGAUGACUUGCCAGGUCCUGAGGGAUCAUCCAUAGCGAAGGUUUUUGAGCAUGCAGGCUUUGAUCUGACGGUUGACGAAGUGUUCAUUGUCGAUGCUCGCCGAUGUGCGGAAAAAGAAGCAUUGGCAAGAUCAUGGUGUGCCUCUGUUGGCUACGAUGCCAUCAUCGGUAGAACUGGGCGGACAUGUCUAGGGUGCUGCAUUAGAGAAGCUCGGGCGCUUGCGGUCAAGGUGGUCAUUCGCGUGGGUGAUUAG